AGUUUUGUGUGUGUUGUUAUUAUUAUAUUGUUUUUAUGAAUUAGAAAAAGCCUAUAUUAAGCUUUGGAGAGCUGCGAGUGAGUCAAACAUGGCGCGUGCCACAGUCCGUUAUAGUCGUUGGGCUUGGCGCUUCUUAACAUCGAAUACCCAAAACGAGCCGUUUCUCUCUUCCGCUGCAGCCACCUUCUCCACCGCACCGGAAAAUGCGAAUCCGGGUCGACCCGGACCACCUCCGAUCCGAGUCGCGCUCACCGAGUCAUCCGGGCGAGGCGUCUUCGCGACCCGGAAAAUCGAGACCGGUGAGCUCUUACACACCGCCAAACCCAUCCUGUCUCACCCUUCUCUCUCCGCCCUCCAUAAGGUCUGCUACUUCUGCCUCCGAAAGCUCAAAACCACCGACGCCCCUCAACCCCAUGGCGUUUCCUAUUGCAGUGAGGAGUGUCGACAACAAGCUAAGGGAUUUCAUGAUAUUGAGAUGACAGCAGAUUGGUCAGCUUACGACGACUAUUGCCGGUCUAAUCGUUUGAAAUAUCCUCUACUUGUAAAGCGGUUGGCUUGUAUGGUUAUGUCAGGAGCUACACCUGCCAACCUUCUUGACAUACUCCAACCUGCCAGCUUAUCUCCAGAGAUGAUUUCUGAGAUGGAAGAGGGAUACGGCUUGCUAAGGAAUGCCUACAUAAACUCAAAUAUCACGGAUGAACAGAUGUCCUUUUUGACUAAACAAUGGUACAUCGGCAUACUUUCCCGGAUUCGUAUUAAUGCAUUUCGUAUUGAGUUGGCUGGGGGAUACGAUGAUCUCCUGUCAUCAUUAGCAGCCUCUAUAGAAUCUGAAGCUGCUGUUGGGAAUGCUGUUUAUAUGCUUCCAUCCUUUUAUAAUCAUGAUUGUGAUCCAAAUGGCCACAUUAUAUGGAUAGAGAAUGCAGAUGCGAGAUUGAAGGCCCUUCGUGAUGUGGAUGAAGGGGAAGAGCUCCGGAUCUGCUAUAUUGAUGCAAGUAUGGAUCAUGAUGCUCUUAGAUAUUGCUGCUCACUCGGUCAUCCUUUUGUUUUUACAUUGUGUUUCUAUUCUUUUUCGCUCAAAGCAGGAAGGUUCCAUGGUCAUAUAUAUGGUUUAGUUAUAAAUAUGCAAUACUUACUGAGGCAUGCCACUGGCGUAUGGAAGUGCCGAACAGUGCUGUGGCUCAAUAGCAGUGUGUUGAUUGCACUUUGGUUACAAACAUAUAUAUAAUACGUCGGAAUGUCUACUGGGAUAAGAUUUCCCAUAAAUGCUAUGCCUGCACAACAAUUGGACACUGCGACUUGUCAUAUGUGCAAGUCGUUUGGGUGCCAAGAAGGGUUUUGAAAACACGUCUGUUUCGGAGUUCAGUUCUCGAGUUUUAGCUAAUGCCUUGAAUCACAAGUUUUGACUCUAAAGCAGUGCUUCUCAGGACUGGAACUAAACAGGCCAAACAGCCAGCCAUCUGAAUCGUUUGAACAGUGGGGUUAACUAAGAAAUUUGCAGCAGUAUGAUUGAACACGAUCAUCACAUUUUCACAUUUACAACACUAAACAUUGUACGUGUGGGAAUCAGUCAAUUAGCACGCACAUCUAUGAACUAUGAAUUCGAAAUCAAAUUACACCAAAAGGCAAAUAUAGUAAAGAAAAAACAAAACAAAUUGCGUCUGCCGGGAGUCGAACCCGGGUCUAUUGCUUGGAAGGCAA